CUUUUGGAUUUCUCCAGAUAACAGGGAUAUUUAAGGCUGUGGUUUAUGCGGGCAGGGCUGGAGCCACUGAAUGAUGGAAUUUAGCGACAACCUGUCAGCCUUGGGAAUUCGAAGAAGCACAUUGAAUCGACAGAUGAAAGAAGCCACGCGUACGUCAUGAAUUCGUGAAUUAGUUGCAAACAACAACAAUCGAAAGAUGCAAAGCGUCUUCAAAUCUACUUUUGUGAAGUGCCACAAGAAUCAUGGCCCUUGAGCCAAGCUCUGGCCGUCAGUCGGUAUCUCCUGCGAGCUCAGGAAGAGCAUCACCAAUUCCGAGAAAAUGGAGGAACCAGUUGGGGGGAGAUGAACCUCCAAAUAAAGAUAAAGCAUUCCGCAGAUAUGCAUCCGGCGUUGACCGUUCGCUCUCGCUGUUUGACACAGCCUUACAGGAAUGGGCGGAUUAUAUUUCUUUCUUGGGGAGGUUAUUGAAGUCGUUACAAGCACAUCCUACAAAUAUAGCUACUGUCCCAUCCAAAGCAAUUGUCGCAAAACGUCUUGCUCAGUGUUUAAAUCCUUCGCUGCCUUCAGGUGUACAUCAAAAAGCUCUUGAAGUCUACGGAUAUAUAUUCUCGAUGAUAGGAAAAGAUGAACUAUCUAAGGAUUUACCUCUCUAUCUACCAGGGUUAUCGACCACUCUGUCAUUUGCGUCCCUCUCUGUGAGGGGCCCGUUCCUUGAGCUUCUAGAAAGACACUUACUUAAAAUUGAUGGACGAUCACUCCGGCCGGCUUUGAAAGCAAUCAUACUUGCUUUAUUACCUGGUCUUGAGGAAGAAAACAGUGACGAGUUUGAACGUACUUUGAAGCUGCUUGAUGGUUUUAAAAAUUCUGUCAGGCCUUCUGGAACCGAGGAUUUGGGACAGAAUCAUAGCAGUGGUGACGAAUAUUUCUGGCAAUGUUUCUUUCUCGCUGCAAUAACGAGCAAUGGUCGUCGUCUAGGAGCAUUGGCCUAUCUUAACCGGAAUCUCCCAAAACUCGGACAGUCGUCCUCGGAGCAAAUUAAUUCCUCGUCUAAUGGGUCUCACAAGAAUGAUUUGAAUACGAAUCAAUCUCAAUUAGCGGCAAUUGUUACCUCGCCUGAGCCUGGGCUUCUUCUACGAUGUUUCGCUGCUGGUUUGGGGGAUGAACAAAUCUUGAUUCAACGCGGAUUUUUAGAUCUCCUCGUUACGCAUUUACCUCUACAUUCUAAUGUUUUGCAACAACGUGUCAAACCGGAAGAUCUCGAGCUUCUUGUCACGGCCGCUGCUGGUGUUGUAACUCGACGUGAUAUGAGUUUGAAUAGACGUCUAUGGACUUGGCUUUUAGGGCCAGAGCCAGUUAGUCAUGAAAAUGAGAAUGGUCCAGAAUCACCAACAUCGGUUACUGGAGAUCCUCUUGGGUCGCAUAAUUCUUCAAGGACCCAGUACUUCGAAGCUCAUGGCCUACAUCCACUCACACAAGCUUUGCUUAAGUUGAUACAACGAGAGGCCAUAAAUCCCCUUGCAAAAGCCCGGCCGUUUCGAAUAUGUCUUUCCUUGAUGGAUCGAUGGGAGAUUGGUGGACUUGUCGUUCCUGAUAUAUUCCUACCUGUUGUCAAUAGUGUUCGAGACUAUAAGAGUAAAGCAGUGAACAAGGCUGAUUUUGCUGAAGUCCUUAGAAGUGCUAGUGUCUUUUUUGAUGGUGUUGAAAGUGGUUUGAUUUGGGGCGAAAUCGUUGGGUUGAUUGCACAGGCCUUAGCCCCUGGAAAUCUGUCAACUGAAGAGCAAAUUGAUAAAUUGUCCCUCGUCACCUUCAUAAUCAACCAUUUCAAUGUACGAGAAGAAGAGAUGCUGCUGAUACACGCCCCAUUAACAACUCUGACGAUUUUGAGUAUGCUAGAAGAUACUAAGGAAAGAAUGCAGGAGCGUGUAGAGACGGUUGGCGUCAAGAAUGAAGUUGAGCAAUUAGCUUUAAAUCUUGUUAUGGAUUUGAUCGAUCUCAUUCCAGAACGAGCUUUUCAGGUGCGGCCUUCCACCGGUCAGUCGAUGAUCAGACAUGAAGACGAGAUCAAAUCUCUUUCGAAUAUCGAGAUAAUACGCAGUAUGAAGACAUUCUAUGUCCAGGAACAAGGCAACUUAGAUGCAUUUCCACCACCAUUUUCAGCUCGUGAUCUCAGCGAAUUGCUCGUCCGCGAAGGCGGUAGCAUAGUUAACGAGAGUCUAUCAAGUUCAGUGUCAAGUGCUGAUGCUGGUCUCAAAACGAGGCUCCUUGUUAUGCUACUUUCAAAAGUAUCCAGGAUUGGAAGUCUUGAUGUCCCAAGACUGCUAGAGUCUAUGCAAAGGAAACUGAGCAUGCCCUCUCAGCUUCCAUUUCUCACAUUUACCUCAAUCGUAUCUCUUUGCACCAGUCUUUACUCGAAUCAUUACAUCUCAUUGCCACAGCUAUCCAACCUUGUAGAUCCUCUCGUUCGAUUGGCUUGGUCAUAUCUUUCUGCUUCUCAUCCAAAAUAUCAUGUUGAGACUGUACGAAGCCUUUGGCAAUUACAAACAACACUCACACUUGACAACCACGAUAUAGAAGCUUCGAUAUGCAAUUUGAUGAUAGAACAUGAUCUGAAUGGUACAUAUGCAUCUCGAGACGCUGACCCUGGACGGAGCUUUAGCAUCUUAUGGACACACUCGCUCCAAGACAAUGCCGGUCACCUUGAUCGUCGUAGCUCCAACACCGAUAUCAAGAAUACACCUCGACUUUCCGGUAUUGGAAAUUAUGAAGUUAUGCUUGCGAAACCUCUUUUCCUGUUGCUUGAUGCUCUACUUGAUGAACGAACACAACUUUUCAUGACUGUUCGGAUUUGGCUACAGAGUCUUGUUGGCAUUGACAGGCUGUUUCAUCUUUUCGUAGCGAAGUUCUCGAAUUAUAGUUUCCUUUUUACAAAGUUCGAGGAUGCUGGGACCACAGCGCAUCAUAACAUGCGUAUCUAUGCAGAUGACGAUGAUCUAGAUCAAUGCUUAUACUAUCUUCAAACACUUUCUAAUGUAUUGAGAUGGUCUUCCGACAGCACAUGGGCAGCACUUGCUCAUAACAGCAUUUCUACUGACAGAUCUCAUCGCUCUCUAUUCCAGAUAACUGGCAGAGACGAUGAAGUUACACUCCUAGAGUUCUUUCUGCAUGUGUGCUUACAAGCCAUUUCGGGGACAUAUGAAUCAGAAAACUCGGAACGAAAGCCACAUAUCCAUCAAUUCCAUCGUACUGCUCUGACUCUUCUACACCAAAUACUAUUGAGUCCAUACUCUUUGUCAUUAGGGGAACUUCAGUUAGAACAUGUUCUCAUUCAGAGAUUAAGCCACUCGUUGACUGGAACCGAUCCCUUCAUUCAGGUUCUGCUCUUAGAUGUGGUCUAUGCUGCUCUGAAGAUUCGACCUGUUAUCAACCUACCGCCGGCAUCACCUACUCUCAAAAAACGCUCCACUAUGACUUCUAUAACUCAACAUGACGAUGCAUCUGUUUCUUCGCUUGCAAUUGACCAGAGUGAACACACAGGACCUUUCCUACCUCCCCCGCCACCGUCCUUGGUGAAGUGCUUACAGGCAGGGUUCGAGGCCGCUUCGAGUAGACCAGUUCUAGAUAGUUGGGUUAGCUUUUUGACAGAAUGUCUACCGUUUUACUCUGAUACAAUUUUUCAAAUUCUUAUACCAUUAGUCGAAACGCUCUGCUCCCAAAUUGGAGAAACUUUUACCAAUCUCCAAACCACAUUCAAAGACUCAGGUACGGUUUCUGAAGGAUCCGCGGCUCCAGAAUCCACAUUGAUAUCCCUGCUCAAUGGCCUCGAGUUCGUACUUGCUAAAGGGCACGAUCGAUUACUCAAGGAUGAAACAAAAGCACCCAUUACUAAAAGUCCUGAUCAACCACAAGGAUUCUUUGGAAAUAUGGUCUCUGGUGUCUUCAACUCGGAAACCCCACAAGCAAGAAGCAUAACUGCGAACAACCGGCUAACUGUACUACUCUCGUUCCAAGAUGCUGUUCGAAUCUGCUUCCUUAUUUGGUCAUGGGGCGGUCAAGAUGGAGCUCAGGAUAGUGAAUCUACUGCCUCCUUCAAUUACACAUCAUUGCGCAUGCGGAACCGAGCUCGGAGACUGCUUGAGCAUCUUUUCACAGCUGAAGCAUUAGAAUGCUUGGAGACAUUGGUUGAAAUUGGGCAAAGGUCUUCCAAGGGAAGUGAUUCUCGCCCUCUGGCUAUUUUCAAUCUCCUUCAUGUUCUUGACGGCUCAAGACCGAAACAUACCAUUCCUGCGAUUUUCAACGCUAUAUAUAGCAGGACGAAUCCCAAUGCGCUGGAUCCUUCAAGGAAGUCGACCUUGACAUCCUCAUUAAGCGAUACAGACUUGGUGACUUUCUUAGUGGACUAUGCAAGAUCACUAGAGGAUGAUGCCAUGGAUGAGAUUUGGGUCGACUGUAUGACCUUCCUCAAGGAUCUAUUGGCAAAUCCAUUUCCACAUCGACAGACUCUCCCAAGUCUUCUGGAGUUUGCCGCCAUUCUAGGAGUGAAGGUCGACAAUACCAAUUUCGGAGAACAGCGUCGAAUGCGAAGAGAAUUGGGAGAUCUUUUUCUUCGAUUACUUACUGCAAUGUUCACGACUAGACCUAUGGGCUUCUCAGAGAGUGUAGAAAAGCUGACAGACAUUGAUCAGCGGCCAACUUCAUCUCGCCCUUCAUCAAGAUCCGAUGACGUAGUUAACAUUUUAGCCUCUAUCGCGCCAAAUUUACCCAAGAUACUUGUUGAAAAUGAUCGAAUACUGAGUGCAGCAAAUGUCAUCUCAUCGAGUGUCGUUGGGCCAACCUUCAAGUCCAGAUCCUUUCCAGAUAACGUUUCGAAGAGCACUCUAGAGCUACUAUAUCAGCUCUCCAGGUUACCUAACACGCAAAAGUCGUGGAGAAAAGAUCUUGGAGAUGCAUUCAACGAUUCCCGCUUUUUCGCAAAUAACGUCAGUCUCAUUGAAAGUGAUUGGCUGCCAUUGCUCAGACAGUGGGCAUUGAGCGACAAGGAACGAAUGCCGGAGUUAUUGUCGCGAUUAGUCGCACCUUCUACAGCUGGUAUCGUGUUUGGCGUCGGAGCAACUUCAGCGCGCUUUGAGGCAGAUAGAAAGUCACAACUCAAUCUCCGCCGCAUCGCCACCCUAGUCCUCGCUACCAUGGAUGAUAAUUUUGUAACUGACCUUCCUGUCAUGCAAGAGAAGAUUGUUGAACUUCUCUCCGCAACUACAACAUCGUCACCCUCUUCUACCACUCGUGCAGAUAUUUUUCUGCUUCUUCGUGCACUCGUUCUUAAGACCUCGGCCAUUCAUCUCGCAACCCUAUGGCCUAUCAUCAAUGCAGAGCUUCACGUGGCCAUUUCAUCGGUUGUGGCAGCUGAUCACAGCACUCCCUCUGACACCUACAAUAAUUACUCCAUCCUACAAGCGUGUAAAUUACUAGACACUUUGCUUUGCAUCGCACCUGAUGAUUUUCAGCUACACGAGUGGCUCUUCAUAACCGACACUAUUGACGCCGUUUAUCGUCCCUCUUCUUUCCGACCUGUUUCUCUAGUAGACGAAUUGAGUGAGGAACUAGGACUAGCAACAACAACUAAUACAGUCGCAUUACUAGAAUCAUCUUCAGUCGCAGUCUCCCAGGCGGUGAAAUAUUCUAUGAGGAGGCCUUUAUUGGGGAGAACAAAAGGUGGAUUUGGAAUUAAUGAUGAAGGUACUUGGGAGAGGAAAGAUGAAUUGGUCGCGAAGGUUCUGAGGCCAUUCUUUAGUCAAUUGAGCAUUUUUGCAUUUGAAAGUACAUAUGGAAUGGGUGCGACAGAUUGGGAGGCUUGUAGACAGGGGUUGUUGAGAGAUCUGUUUGACGAGAGGAGUAUUGUUAAGGCGUUGUGAGAUUUGGUGGGUUGACAGGUCUUGUCGAUUUGGAGAUUAGAUGAUGGGGGCCAUAAGUGGAGUCGGAAGUAGAGAAAACGAUUUAUUAUAGAUGAAAAUGGUGGUGUGCGAUGUGAUAUAUAGGGGCGUUCAGAAUUGUUUUAUUUGUUGGGAAAGAGAGUUAUGAUAUGAUUUGAUGAGUGGGUAUUUCCGUUGAUGGUUUCAUUCAAACAGCUAUGCAUAAUGUAGAGAAAAAGAUUCAAAACAUUGCAAUAUGUCCUUGUUCUAUUGUAUCUCUCUAGUCUGCCAUGUAAUAUCAUAACAAGUGACCUCAAUCUCGAGCUAAGUACAAGAGAGUUAGAAUACUUCUAUUCUUGAUAUGUUC